GCUGUAAUUGUUUACUUAUUACAGUGUGGAAAAUGGGUGAAGCUUCAGCUGGCUGAAUCAACACCAAAUUUAUUAGAAAUUGGCAGCAAUCAAGAUGAGACUAAAAAACUAUUGCAAGACCACGAAUUCCUCCUAGCUAAACUUAAGGCUUUGGAAGACCAGGUAUGGGACCUGCUGCAUGAAGCAGACAAGGCUGCAGAGGAGAACAAAGAAAAGAGUCAAGUUUAUGAUGCCAUGGCGGAGACCCUUGGAGAUGCAUGGGAUGCCCUCAUCAUUAUGUUAGAGAAGCGACAGACACUUCUGGAACUUACUUCAGUGUUCUUUGAAAAUGCUCUGGAGUUUGCUGUUAAAAUUGACCAAGUUGAAGAUUUCCUGAAAAAUGCCCAAGAGUUUGACAAUAUUGACUCUUUGAGAGAACUCCUUCUGCAACAAGAGCAUCAUACAAAAGAACUUUUGGAAAAGUCACUUGCACUUUUAAACAAAAGCCAAGAGCUAACUGAAUUCAUACAAGAAUUCAAAUGUGAAGGGCCAAAUGCGAAUCCAGAGAUGAUUCAGGGAGCCCACAACAGCUGCUUGAAAAUUGACAAUCUCCUUGAAAUGCUGCAAGACAGGAGACGACAACUGGACAGAUUUCUUAAACAUCAGCGCCAAGGACUGGAGCAGGUUCUGCAAAUUUGUUUGUGGCACCAGCAAGAGAACCAGGUAACAUCUUGGUACAAGAAAAACAUCAGAGAUUAUUUUCACAAGCAGAACUUAGGCUCAUGUCUAUUGGAAAAUGAAGAGUUACUUCAAGAGCUUGAAGAAAUGGAAAUCAAAGUGAAAGAAUGGAAUUCCACUGUGGAACAACUGGAAGCUGAAGCACUUCAAAUCUUGCUUUCGGAGGACUAUACAGAAAAAGAACAUCUAGAGCUUUCAAAUCAGAAAAUCUGUCUGUUGCGAGAAGAAGUGUGCUUUCGUAUGGAAGAAAGGAAAGCCCUGCUACAAGAGGCCAAUGACUUUUUUCACACUGCUGCAAAGGUACUUUAUGGUCUUGAAGGUAUUGAGAAUUACCUUAGAAUCUUUAAUUCGAAAGUCUUACAUUUGCCUAUCUUGACAAUGAAGUAUGAGGAAUUACAAGAAGCAAUUAAAGGUUGCACAGUGACUACUUUGCAAAAGGGACAAACUUUAGUUAAUAAAGCAGAUUCUCACAGCUCUUGGGUGACAGGAAUUCAGAAAAUGAUGGAAUAUGUUAAAAAAGAAGUAGAUCAAAUAAUCAGGCAGUGUCCAGAUCAUAAAGAACUUACUUUGAGGAAACAGCAAUGGAUUGCUUCACUUGAAGAUCAUCUAAAUAAGGUAUCGCAGUCAAUUAAAAAACUCACCCUGAUACUUGAAGUUGGUAUGGAGAUUGGUUCAUAUUUGUCUGAGUCGGAAAGAGUUUUGAACAAACACCUUGAACUGGCUAAACAAACAAAGGAAACUUUACAUGAACUGGAAGCAGCUGAAAGGAUCGUCAGAGAUAUGGAGGAGUUUGAACCUGAGCAGGUGGCAGCUUUUUCUAGCAGAACUGACUUUUUGAAUGAAGAACUGAAAAAAAUUGAAAAAAAAAUCAGUUCAAAACUAGAAAUUCUAGAAGCCUAUGUGGCCUUUUUAAAGUCAGCUAUGGAGGUGAAUGAUGACAUUCAAAAUAUGAAGGAAUUCUAUAAAUCAGAACAACUACAAACAAGCAGGGAGACUGAAAAUAAAAUUACAAUGGAGUCAGCUAAUAUUCAUUGGCAAAAGGCUAUAAAGAAGAUUUUUUCCACCCAAAAUAUGGGUUGCAAUUUUCUUAAUUUAGUAAAUAUGGUAAAUGAGAGUUUAAUAUUAAAAGUAGAAAAAUCUGUACGAGUAACAGAAGAUAUCAUUGUUAAUCUGAGUAAAGAAAAGAAAGAGCUGACCGAUCUUUGGGCAAUCUGGAAUUUUAAAAUCACUCAGAUAAAACCCGUCAAGCAACAGUGCCAGAUAUUUAAAGAACAACUAAAAAUUACUACCCAUGGAUUACAGACUCUUCAAGAGGCACUCCAGUUUGCAGCAACAGUUGACCUUGGAAGUGACCUUUUUAUCAUUUUGGAACUACAAGAAAAGCUUAACCAAAUGAAACCACAGUAUCAGCAACUGAAUGCUGAGCUUGAGUACGUGAUAAAAUUAUUAGAAUUGCCAAGCCAGAAAGGAUUUCCUGUGAAAGAGAAUUCUGAGAGAAUAAGUGAGCUUAUUAAUUUCCAUCAAACGGUAAAGGACACAAUGACAGAAUAUGAUGAGAUUUUCAACAAGACAGUCAAAUUCCAUUACAUUAAAAAAGAACUGGAAUGUCUAUCAAAAUCAGGAGAACUGGAUAUUCCUGAAAUAUUUGAGGAGCCUGAAAAUGUGCACCAUGCUAAAGUCUACCUUGUGAAUGCCCAGGAGAAACAUGCACAUAUCAGACAGCUAUAUAAACUGCUUAUUACCCAGGGAGUGGAUAUCUUGUCUGCAGUGCAGCAACCUAAUUGCGUGAAUCUUUCUGUAAAGAAUCUGAAGCAAGAACUUGCUAGAUUUGAGUGUGAUAGCAUUAACUGGAGCUCCAAAGCCGCUAAGUAUGAGGAAGAACUGUCACAGCAUUUUCAACACUGCACCACUCAAGAGGACAUAAAUGAGCUCAGAGAGUCAUUUAAGGAUCUCAAAAAGAAAUUCAACAAUUUGAAGUUUAACUAUACAAAGAAAACUGAAAAAUCUCGAAACUUGAAAGUUCUAAAGAUACAGAUUCAGCAAGUUGACACAUACGCAGAGAAAAUACAGAUUCUUAAAAAGAAGAUGGGUAAUUUAGAGAAGAAAGUCGUUGGCUCUGUAGCAAAUGAACCUAAUGCUAAAGUUAGAGUCCUCUUGGGGUCAAUCAGUGACUUACAAAAACAGCUGAAUGACUUUAGCAGAGUUGUGGAGGAUUACAAGCAAAAUCUGGACCUCAUGGAGCAUCUACAACAGAUGAUGGAAGAGUGUCAAUUUUGGUUUGAAGAUGUGAGUGCAACAGUCGUUAGAGUUGACAAGUAUUCUGCAGAAUGCAAAACAAGAGAAGCAAUAGAGACACUCUACAAGCAAUUUAACAAGUUUAUUGAGCCUACAAUGCCUCAACAAGAAGAAAAAAUUCAGGAGAUUAUAGACCUUGCUAAACGGUUAUAUGGUAUUGAAGAAGGAAAGAAGUAUGUUGAAAAAGCCGUAUUAAAGUACAAAGAAAUUGUUAAUUCUGUUGAUGAGUUGUGUAGAUCUCUGAGACAACUUAAGGAAAUGAAGGAGAGGAAUAAAUUGGCUGAUAUUCCAAUUAUCUGUCCAGCUGGUGAGGAUCUUGUUUCACAGGAUACAGAGCUGUCAUCUUCAGCCAAAGAGGAUAGUUUACAGACUGAAUUCCUGGCAGAAGAAAUAGCCUCCGGAGAUGAAUAUGAGUGUAUAUCACCUGAUGAUAUCUCUUUGCCACCGCUUUCUGAGACACCAGAAUCCAACCUCUUACAUUCUGAAACAGAGCUAGAAGAGCAGUGCUGUUGUAGUUCUCAUAGUCUGCAUGUCAGUUCCUAUAGCUUGCAAAUGCAGAAAACCACUAGCAUUAAAAAAGUGAUGGAAGCGUCUGAUGUCUUAACAAUUUCUGCUUAUGCUGGUGCUACAAAUAAUAGGAUAGAAAGCCCACCAGAUCAGUUUGAGAAGUUUUGUAUCUCUUCAACAGAUUCUGGUCCAAAAGUCAGAGUACCUCCUUCGACUUGUAGCUUCCAAGGAGUAUCUGAAGCUAGCACUGCUUCCUGCACUAUAAAUGCCAAACCAGUAUGUAGCAUGAUGAGUGAAGUGUGCAAAACACAUUUGCAACACCUUGAACUUCAUAAAAGCAUGGCAGAAACACAAGAACAAUUGCAUGACUUGAAUAACUGUACUAAACCCCAGGACGGGCUGCAUGCUUUGCCUGAUGCAUUCUCAGGUUUCGUGUUUCAAUCAGACGCCACCAGAAGCUGUCAGAGGCAGACGGUCACCCGAGAAGAGAUUAAAAGUUCAUCAGAAAAGAACAGCAUGGCCAGCCUAACUGGACAGGCGCCUAACUUCUCCCAGCUUCUGUCUAACAAAACCGUCUUGGAAGGUUCUCCAGUAACUUUGGAAGUAGAAGUAACGGGAUUCCCAGAACCUACACUGACAUGGUACAAGAAGGGCCAGAAACUGACUGCAGAUGAGCACUUAAAGCUUUUACAAAAGGAGACAAAGCAUACUUUGUUCAUUCAGAAGGUGUGCGAUAAAGAUGCUGGCCUCUAUGUUGUUCGGGCUAAAAAUUUAAACGGCACUAUCUCAUCAAGUGCCAUUCUCCACGUGAAAGGUAACAGGCCACCUAUUACAAGAAUAGACUGGAUAAUGCUGUGUGUCAUCUAUAUUAGCAUAUCACUAAUGUACUGGCUAGUCACAAAAUAA